CGUGCCAGCAGCAGCAGCAGCAGGGAUAGGGCGACCAACAGCAGUACAGCAGCAGUGUCCUGGCAAGAUAUGUUGCACUCUGCCAGAGCAUCUAGGAUUGCGAUUGCGUUUCGGCUGUUGGUCGGUGUACGCACGGCGUCAUCUUUCUCCAUGGCAGCAGCAGCAGCUGGCCGGCGCACGGUCGUCGUCACUGGAGCUGACGGAGGCAUCGGGAGCUCGUUUUGCAAGCACUACGCAAGCAAAGGUGACCAGGUCUUCGCCUGCAGACGAAAAUCAACCCCGGACGCGAGCUCGCUCUUCGACAGCAACCCUAACAUCCACGUCGUGGACGGGGUGGAUGUCACCAUGGACGAAGGGGCGGGGUGUCUCGUUAGCGCCCUCGAGAAGGCAGGCAGCCCGAAGGUGGACGUGCUCAUCAAUAAUGCGGGAGUCAUGAAGCGAGACCGUAACACGCUGGACAUAGGUGUUUUGCGCGAGUCCAUGGAGGUUAACGCCUACGGUGCUUUGAGAAUCACCAACACUCUGCUCGGCAAGAGGAUGCUGGCUGCUCCUGGGGCAAAAAUCAUCCUGAUCACAUCAAAGAUGGGAUCGAUGGCGGAUAACUCAUCGGGCGGAGCUUACGGGUAUCGCAUGUCCAAGGCCGCACUCAACGCUGCUGGUGUGUCAUUGGCCCACGAUCUGAAGGGCGAUGGUAUGGCCGUUGCCAUUCUUCACCCGGGCUGGGUGAGGACAAGGAUGACCGGCGACUCCGGAUUGGUUGACACCCACGAGUCGGUGGCGGGCAUGACGGAUAGAAUCGAGGAGCUAGACCUGUCGAAUUCGGGAACGUUUUGGGGGUUCAAGGGCGACGUCAUUCCUUGGUGAUUCUACGAACAGACAUAUUUUUUGCUUUAAUGGCUUGCGCUGCCCACCAAGAAGGGCAGACGAGAGUUGAGUGACGUGCCUUUUUUUUGUUGUGUUGACAACGCGCGGAACAGAGGUCGACAUCCGAUGACGAUAGGGGUCAUGAAGAAGGACUCCCUACCAGAGAUGGAACCUAGGGAAUGGAUGCGUUGCGGUCCUUGCAAUGAGCUUUGGUUGCGCUGUUCACGGGCGAGCACGGCUUGUCGGAUGCCUAUACGUAGGCAUAGGAGUUGGUAUCGUGGCAUGCUGAGUGUUGCGUUUGUUUUGUGCAAAUGAGAAAACAGUGUUCAGCAUCGAGCCGCCAGGUUGUUGCACGUUGUCGACGCAUGUGCGCGUUCAAGCGCCCACCUUAGAAUACUUCCUCAGCAGAGAUCUUUGGUAAUUUGAAGUACAAAAUAAACCUGAGCGGGUCUGCCUUAGCUGACGUGAAGUCCAAUCGAAGUACCGGCGCCCAUGUACAGCGCCAGCACGAAAUCGUUCCACGCAGUGCCAACAGCACGAUAGAUCUACUAGCGCCAACGAUUGUUUUAGCAGGAAGCGGGUAGUUCUUUCGUGUUGCAACAUCCCCGAAAGGUGUCUACAAUAUUGAUAAGUCGCUUGUACACGAUUAAUCAGUUCUUUAUCUUGCCACUGUUUAA